AUUGAUUGAUAAUUUCCACAUUUUGCACAACAAAACUGAAAAUUCCUCUCAGCUCCCUCCCUUCUUCACACAAAGAAGAAGAAGAAGAAGAAGAUGUCCACCGAGUCAACUCAUCUCACCAUCUUCUUCUUCAGCAUCAUCUUCAUUUCUACCUUCGAGCCCUCCAUUUCCAUUGCCGCAUCUUCCCCGAAGUUCCCUUGCUCCGGGCCCCGCUACUCCUCCUUCCCCUUCUGCAACACCUCCCUUCCCAUCACCUCCCGGGCCCGCUCUCUCGUCCAUCUGCUGCGCCUCCACGAAAAGAUCUCCCUCCUCAGCGACAACGCCUCCGCCGUUCCCCGGCUCGGCAUCCCCGCCUACGAGUGGUGGUCCGAGUCCCUCCAUGGGAUCGCCACCAACGGCCCCGGCGUCUCCUUCAAUGGCUCCAUCCCCUCCGCCACCAGCUUCCCCCAGGUCAUCCUCAUGGCAGCCGCCUUCAACCGCUCCCUCUGGUCUUCCGUCGGCUCCGCCAUCGCCAUCGAGGCCAGGGCAAUGUACAAUCAUGGGCAAGCAGGGCUAACAUUUUGGGCACCGAACAUUAACAUAUUCCGAGACCCGAGAUGGGGGAGGGGCCAGGAGACGCCAGGGGAAGACCCGAUGCUGGCCUCUGCCUUCGCGAUCGAGUAUGUUACGGGGUUCCAGGGACGGAAUGGUGAGGAGUUGAUGGUAUCUGCUUGCUGCAAGCAUUUCACGGCUUAUGACUUGGAGAAGUGGCAAAAGUUUAGCCGAUACAGCUUCGAUGCUGUGGUAACGGAGCAGGACUUGGUCGACACAUAUCAACCUCCCUUCCAGAGUUGCAUACAGGAAGGGAAAGCGAGCUGCUUGAUGUGCUCAUAUAAUCGGGUCAAUGGGGUGCCUGCAUGUGCUCGGCAGGAUAUGCUCGAGAAAGUGAGAUCAGAGUGGGGGUUUGAAGGAUACAUCACCUCUGACUGUGAUGCAGUUGCCACGGUCUACGAGUACCAAAAAUACUCGAAGACGCCUGAAGAUGCUGUUGCUGAUGUCCUUAAAGCAGGAACGGACAUUAACUGUGGAACUUAUUUGCUUCGGCACACUAGAUCUGCGCUUAAACAAGGGAAGGUGAGCGAAAAAGACAUAGACAGAGCCCUCUACAAUCUCUUCUCAGUUCAACUCCGUCUCGGCUUGUUUGAUGGGGAUCCAAGGAAAGGGAAGUUUGGGAAACUGGGACCACAAAAUGUUUGCACUGAAGAACACAGGGCCCUCGCACUUGAAGCUGCGAAGCAGGGAAUUGUACUUCUCAAGAACAAGGAUAAAUUCCUGCCUUUGAAUAAGAAUAAUGUCAAGUCGUUAGCUGUUAUUGGCCCGAUGGCAGAUGACAGAGAUCACAUUGGAGGUGGUUACACAGGAAUUCCCUGCAAUCCAAGAAGCCUUUUUGAGGAACUGAGAGGGUGCGUACAGAACACGACUUUCUUUGCAGGUUGCAAUGACGUGCCCUGUGAUUCCAAAGAUAGGUUCAGUGAAGCGGUUCUUGCUGCAAAAGAAGCUGAGGUCGUCAUUGUAGUGGCAGGCCUAGAUAUGACCCAAGAAAGGGAAGAUCAUGAUCGGGUCAGUCUCCUCUUACCAGGGAAACAGAUGGAUCUUGUAUCUUCGGUCGCUUCUGUAAGCAAAAAACGAAUCAUCCUUGUUCUUACUGGCGGAGGACCCCUGGAUGUGACAUUUGCGGAGAACAACCCAUGGAUCUCGAGCAUUUUGUGGAUUGGAUAUCCUGGGGAAGCUGGUGGGAAAGCCUUUGCAGAAGUUCUGUUUGGUGAUUUUAAUCCAGGCGGAAGACUUCCCAUGACUUGGUAUCCCGAGUCAUUCACCCGUGUGCCGAUGAGCGACAUGAACAUGCGGGCUGAUCUCUCUCGAGGCUAUCCUGGAAGAACGUAUAGGUUCUACAAUGGGGACCGGAUCUAUGGGUUUGGGCAUGGGCUUAGCUACACGAGCUUCACUUACAAGUUCCUCUCUGCCCCAAAGAAGCUGAGCUUACUACGGUCCUUCAAAGGUCUGUCCAACCGGAGCCGGGUCCUUGAGGAGACCCAAGGCAUUAACUAUGUAUACACAGAUGAGGUUGAAUACUGCGAGUCACUGAGAUUCCCAGUGCAGAUCUCCGUGAUGAACGCUGGUGAUGCGGGCGGUGCCCACGUUGUGAUGCUGUUCUCCCGGGCACCGAGAUCGACCGGCGGUUUCCCUAAGAAGCAGUUGAUCGGGUUUGACCGUGUGCAUACUGUUCCAUUCCAGCAUACUGAGACGAGCAUACUAGUAGAUCCUUGUAACCAUCUAAGUGUCACAGACGAGAGCGGGAAGAGGGUUUUGCUGAUCGGUGAACACGUCCUGAUUUUGGGAGACUUGGAACAUUCGGUUUCAAUCGAAACCUACUAAGCUAACCGGGAAUUAGACUGAUCAAUGCACCUAUAACAUGAAGUUGCAUAUAGAAGGAAGCAUUCAACUUUGUGAAGCGAGUGUGAGAAUAUUGUGCUGUUGCAUGUUUGUUGGAAUGUGGAGUCUUUGAUGAAAAUCUUCUUUCCUUUUUUUGGCUUUUUAUUUUUCUUAAACUAGGCAAAACUUUCAAUUUUCUUGUCUUCUUUAAUUUUUCUGGUUA